GCUACCCUGCGGAGGGUGACGUUCUCUGUGGUCCCGGGGCCUCAGGACGGUGGUUGCUAUGACAGCGCUGCAGAGGACUCUGAGACCCCCAGCAGUAAGGGUUCAUCUGGACCCCGUGUGGGGGCGCUGUCUCUCCCUGAGGAGGGGUACGAGAGGACCACACCUGAGGGAAGUGUAGGAGAGGAGGAACAUGUGGAGAACGAUGCCAGACAGCUCCCAGACGUAGCCCUGACAGGGAAGUGCACUAGGGAGUGUGAUGAGUUUGGACACUCCGACACUUGUUGGAUGCCCGCCGCUGUCCGCCCGUCGCCUCGGCAACACCAGCGCCAGCGCCACGUCAGCGAGCCGCCCCGCCUGUCCACCUUCGCCUCCCUG